AAGGGGCCCUGUUAUGUUCGUACGUGCACACAAACCACCACCCCGCUGCUGCUGUUGCACCGCACCAGCUGGUGGCUUGAUAACACCCAACAACAACAACAACAACCAGCCACUCGCUCUCUCUCUCACCGCCUCCGUCUCGCCCGAGUUGGGGGCACAUUUGUAAAGAGCGAAGCAACAGAAGUUGAAGUCCGUCCGAGGCGACCCGAGAUGAUUCCGAGCGGUCGUGCGCUGUGGCUGCUGCUGCUGCUGUGCGUGGCGGUGGUGGCGGUGCGGGGAGAGAGGAUGACGGGAGGGUUCCAGAAGCUGAGCCGCAACAACGCGGAGGUGCAGGAGAUCGUCGCCCAGGCCAUGCAGAAGCUCAACGACGAGUCGGACAGCGCCACGUGGCAGAAGGCCGACAGAGUUGUCAGAGCCAAGUCGCAGGUUGUCAGUGGCAUACGUUACUUGAUCACGGUGAAGCUGAGAGAAACAAACUGCCCCAAAUCUCAAAGCCCUGACGACUGCUCAACGUACAACUCGGUCAAUGCUGGCAAGUCUAUGGUCUGUGAACUGGACAUCUGGAGCCAACCUUGGAUGGAUUUUCUGAGAGUUCUCAAGAAAUGCCCUCAGUGAAGAUUGUGGCAUCCAUCCUGUGUAAAUCACAAAACCGAUUGACCUCGUCACAGUGUGUGGUCUUUGUAGUUCUAAAUGAUUAGUAAAGCUGUUCUAUAACCUCAGCUCUAUUCCCAACCGCAUCUUAUCCUUGUUUCCUGAAAAUGAUCUGUCACCCAACUCACUUAGAGCUAUCUUCUUAAUACGAACACAAGCAUUGCAAGCAUAUAUCUAACAUGGUGUUGCGUAACUGUAUUUUGCUCAAAUACAAUAAUUUGCAUGUAUUUUGCUCCGUUCUUAGACAGAUUUAUACACUAAUAAUUCUGAAUUUGAAAUAAAAUGUUGAUCUUA